GAGAUGAGAAGUAUACCGCGGCUAUUGAUGUUUGGUCGGUGGGUUGUAUUAUGGCGGAGAUGGUGACGGGGAAGCCAUUGUUUCCUGGGAAGUCGAAGAUUGAUCAGCUUGAUAUGAUUUUCAUGGUGAUGGGUACGAUUGGGUUGAAGUCAUGGCCGGGAUUGGAUAAGUUGGAUAUGGCUCGCUAUUUUUUGGGUGGCCCGGCGAGGUAUAACACUCUCCGGUUGAGAGUGCCGCCGACGAAGCUAUCAAGGCCAGGGUAUGAUCUGUUGAAGAGGCUAUUGGAGGUGGAUCCAAGGAAGAGGAUUAGUGCAGAGGAUGCUCUCGACCAUGGAUGGUUCAGUGAUCUUUUCAUAUCGAUUUAGCUUAAAUUUUUUACUAUUUCCUUCGUCGUUAAGUACAUAUAUGUAUAUGGCAACACUUUUUUAUUUCUUUGUUU